GCGGGGAGCCCAACGCGGGCUGAUCCCAUCUCAUGACCUGAGCCGAAGGCAGACGCUUAACCCACUGAGCUACCCAGGUGCCACCCAACCUAUUUUGACCCACGACAUGGCAAUUUCCUACGUCAAUGUAACCGUCUAAGGUCUUCUUCUUCUAGCUCCCCCCGUGUUGAGGGGCUGGUACUUGGCGUCUUUCGGAGUGGCUGUAAAAAGGAAUCCCACACCCAGAGCAGCCCCUCCCUUUCUAUAAAAGCUGUGUCUCCCCCCACCCCAUGCCCGCUCUCCACCCCCAGGCGUCUACAGCCUAUAGAGACCCUGGCCUCUGCCCACAGCAUCCCCUAGCCCCCAGGAAAGAGCCCCCUAGCGCCAGGGACACCAGAAAACCUCCGCCCCCCCAGAAUCUGAGAAACAUGCACUUCAGGAUCAGUGAUCACGGCGUUUAGGAAGCUCUCCUGAUCUGAGAGACACACUCCUGUAAACCUGAGAUCCGUGAAAGUUUGGGCUGAUCAAGGGCAGUCCCCACCCUGAGCUUCUGCCAUGCUCGUCUCUUUUCUGAGCAGGGUGGGUUCCCAUAGGAUGUGGGAGAUGAGGAGGCCUCCCAGAGCAUGGCAGGAGGGGAUGGAAGGGGCGUUUGUCUCGUCGGGAGGGUCUGGGGCCACGACAAGGCUCAGCCAAGACAUGGUCACCCCGGGAGGGGCCGGGAGAUGUCACAGGUCACGCAGUGAGCUCCAGUUUGUUGACUCAGAACAACUUCCUCUAACAACACGGUUUUAUUCCCUAAAGGACAUCAAAAGAAAUGUGUAAACAUAUCCCUUCCACCCAAAGCAUGCACAGAGAGAAGUAUACACACAUGACAGAACUGGUGAAUAAGAGUUUUGAAAUCGGAGAACCACUUCCUCUUGCUAGGCCUUCUUAAAAUGUAAAUUUUAACAACUUCUAUUGUAUUCUUUUCGUCAUUGUUUAGCAACGAAGGGAGGCAUAGCCGAUGUGCCGGUGUGCCAGGCGCUUGAAAUCUCUUUACCCAUGUAUUGCUCAAGGCAAAACGCCCACUGCACAGAUGAGGAAGUUGAGGCCCAGAGAGGCCGAGGCCCUGGAUCUCACCACGGCGGACCUGCACUAUGAAUCUCGUCAUUCUGGCCCUCAAGUUCAUGUUCUCGCCCUGGCGCCUGUGCUGGGAGUGAGGUUAGGGGCCGUGACGGUCAACAUCUUCCCAUUUCAAAGACGGGAAACUGGGGGAACAGGAGGGAUAUGAUUUGUUUGUGUUUUUGUCUGCCCUGUGGCUGACGACCUUGGCCUUUUUGUGGGGAAUGUGACCCUGAGCUGUCUCUCUCAGUACACGGAAGGCGGGAGGAAUAUUUAUCUGUCUUCAAGGCUUUGCAGAGAGCAGAGAGGGGGCUGGUAUACAUUUGGAGGCUGGGAGGCGGGUAGCAGGCAGUGGGUCCUCCCUGAGGAUGACCUCAGAGGGCCCCCCUGGGGGAGUGAGAGUGAAGACAACGCCAGGCCUUCAAGUUCAAACCGCAUGCAGGUCUAGCUUCCAGGAACAGAUGGCAUUGAUACUGGGGUUGGUGACACUGGGUCAACUCUCCACCCACCUUCCUUUGCUGCCCAGUAAUUUUGGGAUGUGUGAGUCAUGGGAAGAAUGCAGGACAAACACACCCUUAGAGUAUGAAAAGCCAUUCCUGUUUUCCCCUGGUUUUUAAGAUUGGCUGGGGCCCGUGAGGUGGCAGUGCUCAGCGGCAUCCCUUAGGAGCCUCGGCAAGGGGGACUAACUUCCAGGAAUCCACCAGCAGAGACCCCUAGACCUCCCGGGUCCUGGCUGUGAGCCCGGAUUAGCCUUCCGAGUGACAUCUGGUCAAGAUGAGGAUCCUCUUACAAGAGCCGGUGUCUGGGGCCUGGAUGGAGAACAAUUCUCUCCACUACGAGUAUGGGGAUUACGACUGGGUUCCGGAUCUCCCCGUGGACUGCGUGGAUGGCGCCUGCGUCUCCACCGACCUGCUGCACACAGCCCCGUUCCUGCUGUAUGCCGCGGUCUUCCUGGUGGGCGUGCCCGGCAACGCGAUGGUGGCCUGGGUGACCUGGAAAGAGGCCCGCCAGAGGGUCGGCGCCACCUGGUUCCUCCACUUGGCCGUGGCGGAUCUGCUCUGCUGUGCGUCUCUGCCCCUCCUGGCGGUGCCCAUCGCGCGCGGGGGCCACUGGCCGUACGGGGCGGCGGGCUGCCGGGCCCUGCCCUCGGGCAUCCUGCUGUCCAUGUACGCCAGCGUGCUCCUUCUGGCCGCUCUCAGCGCUGACCUCUGCCUGCUGGCCCUAAGGCCCAGCUGGGGGGCGGCGGCGGGGCGGGCGCGCAGGGUGCAGGUAGCCUGCGGGGUCGCCUGGACCGUGGCCUUGCUGCUCACCGUGCCCUCGGCCAUCUACCGCCGGCUGCACCAGGAGCAUUUCCCUCGCCGGCUGGAGUGUGUGGUGGACUACGGAGGCUCCGCCGUGGUGGAGAACACGGUGACCGCCACCCGCUUUGUUUUUGGCUUCCUGGGGCCGCUGGCGGUCGUGGCCAGCUGCCACGGGGCCCUUCUGUGCCACGCGGCCCGACACCGCUGGCCACUGGGCAUGGCCGUAGUGGUGGGUUUUUUUGUCUGCUGGACCCCCUACCACCUGCUGGGGCUGGUAAUCACCGCGGCUGCCCCGCACUCCGCGCUCCUGGCCCGGGCCCUGCGGGCUGAACCGCUGGUCAACGGCCUCGCUCUGGCUCACAGCUGCCUCAAUCCUGUGCUCUUCUUGUAUUUCGGGAGGACUCAGCUGCGAAGGUCACUGCCAGCCGCCUGUCGCCAGGCCCUGAAGGAGUCACAGAGCAAGGAUGAAAAUGCAGUCAGCCAGAAAUCCACCAGCCAUGAUCUAGUCUCGGAGAUGGGAGUGUAGGCUAGAAGGAAACUGGUUUGUGUGCGUCCAUCCGAUUUCGCAAGGCUAGCUUCAGGCGUAGCUGGAUCCAGCAGCUCAAUGAUAUCAUUGCUUUCUUUAUUCAUUCAACAGGCAUUCGUUACCCACCUGCUAUGUGUAAGGCCCUAUUAUAGGCACUGGGGAAGUAGCAGUGACCAAAACAGACACAAAUCCUUGCCCUCAGGAAAUUGACAUUCUAUUGGAGGAGACAGGCAAUAAGCAAA